CGGAGCAGGCUUCUAUCGCCGCACUGGCAGCUGCGGCUCGGGGACGGACGGACCGAGCCACGGCCGGGAGCCGCCCGGGGCAGGGCUCGGGAGAGCGGGCUCCAGCAUGCGGCCCCAGCCCCGCAGGAGCCCCCAUGCCGCCCCAGCCCCCGGCGCGCUGUGCUAGCCUCCAGCCAGGGCGCGGGGAGGCGCGGAGGCCAUGGCCAGCCACGUGGACCUGCUGACCGAGCUGCAGCUGCUGGAGAAGGUGCCCACGUUGGAGCGGCUGCGCGCCGCCCAGAAGCGCCGGGCCCAGCAGCUGAAGAAGUGGGCGCAGUAUGAGCAGGACCUGCAGCAUCGCAAGCGCAAGCACGAACGGAAGCGCAGCACGGGCGGCCGGCGAAAGAAGGUGUCCUUCGAGGCAAGCGUGGCCCUGCUGGAGGCCUCGCUUAGGAACGACGCCGAGGAAGUGCGCUACUUCCUGAAGAAUAAGGUCAGCCCUGAUUUGUGCAACGAGGAUGGACUCACAGCCCUGCACCAGUGCUGCAUUGACAACUUUGAGGAAAUUGUCAAGUUGCUCCUUUCCCACGGUGCCAAUGUGAACGCCAAGGACAACGAGCUGUGGACGCCCCUGCAUGCCGCGGCCACCUGCGGCCACAUCAACCUGGUGAAAAUCCUCGUUCAGUAUGGGGCCGACUUGCUUGCCGUCAACUCUGAUGGGAACAUGCCCUAUGACCUCUGCGAGGAUGAGCCCACCCUGGAUGUCAUCGAGACGUGCAUGGCGUACCAGGGCAUCACCCAAGAGAAAAUCAAUGAGAAGCGGGCAGCUCCUGAGCAGCAGAUGAUUUCGGACAUUCACUGUAUGAUUGCAGCCGGCCAGGAUCUUGACUGGAUAGAUGCCCAGGGUGCCACACUGCUGCACAUAGCUGGAGCCAAUGGAUACCUGCGGGCAGCCGAGCUCCUCCUGGACCACGGGGUGCGCGUGGAUGUGAAGGACUGGGAUGGCUGGGAGCCCCUGCACGCGGCUGCCUUCUGGGGACAGAUGCAGAUGGCAGAGCUAUUGGUGUCCCAUGGGGCCAGUCUCAGUGCUAGGACGUCCAUGGAUGAGAUGCCAAUAGACCUGUGUGAAGAGGAAGAGUUCAAGGUACUGCUGUUGGAGCUGAAACACAAGCACGACGUGAUCAUGAAGUCGCAGUUGAGGCACAAGUCAUCCUUGAGCAGGAGGACGUCCAGUGCGGGCAGCCGCGGGAAGGUGGUGCGUCGAGCCAGCCUGUCGGACAGAACCAACCUGUACAGGAAGGAGUAUGAGGGAGAGGCCAUACUAUGGCAGCAGAGGAGCGCAGCCGAGGAUCAGCGGACCUCCACCUACAAUGGGGACAUCAGGGAGACCAGGACAGACCAAGAGAAUAAGGACCCGGUCUUAGGUGCUGUCAAGGACGUGAUAGUCUAUAAGAACCCCAGGCUGGAGAAGCCCGUGCUGCUCUCCGAGUUUCCUACCAAGAUCCCACGAAGUGAAAUGGACGUGCCUGUUGAGAACGGUCUCCGGGCUCCGGUCAGCACCUACCAGUAUGCGCUGUCCAACGGGGAUGUCUGGAAAGUGCAUGAGGUGCCGGACUACAACAUGGCCUAUGGCAACCCUGGCAUGGCUGAUGCCACCCCGCCCUGGAGUGGCUACAAGGAACAGAGCCCCCAGACGCUUCUGGAGCUGAAGCGGCAGCGGGCUGCAGCCAAGCUGCUCAGCCACCCCUUCCUGAGCACCCAUCUGGGUAGCGGCAUGGCCAGGACGGGUGAGGGCAGCAGCGAAGGCAAGGCCCCCUUGAUCGGAGGCAGAACUUCCCCGUACAGCAGCAAUGGGACCUCGGUGUAUUACACAGUCACCAGUGGAGACCCCCCACUCUUGAAGUUCAAGGCCCCCAUGGAGGAGAUGGAGGAGAAGGUCCACGGCUGCUGCCGCAUCUCCUAGACCCUGAGGGAUGGAGGAGAGGGAUGAUUUGGGGAGAGGGUCCCUGGAAUCCAGGCCAGCCCAGCAGCCCUGGCUGGGGAGGCUUCAGAGGGCUGCUGGGGGGAGGUGGGCUCUGCUUUCCAGAGGAAGGCUAACCUCACCUCUCAGCCAGCUGCCCAUAGCACCACCACUUCCCACCGUUCUGCUUCUUGCCGCAUUGUCUGCCAUCAAAAAACAAGGCCCCUAGUGGCUUCCUGACUCAUCCUGCUGUCAGAUUUCGGGAGGGCGGGCUGGGAUUCCAGUUCUGUUGUUGGUAAAGGCUUCUCUGGACCAGUACUCACAUGUGACAUAUCAAUACACACACACACGCACACACAAUCAACAUGUGUAGGGAUGACACAGCUGGGCUCAUGGGAAGCAGGUGGGACUGAGAAUUUGUGGGCUCUUCCCAAGAGGAUUGAAGUUAAGACUCAGGAGUUUUGUCGCCACUGCCAACAUGGCUUUAGCAGGGGAGGAGGCCUGCUAAGCUGAUACCUGUCAUCCUGCCCAGAGCCCUACCAGGGUUUGGUAUCGUCAUCCACAUCCGGCAGGAGCAGGAGGUCCUCUCUGCGUCCAGAGGGAGCUAUGUACCCACAUGGCGUGGAUGAGAUGGGCGUAGGCCUGCUCCCCACAGCCUUGCUUGUGCCAAAUGCCAGCUGUGUGAGUGCCCAAGGGCCGAGAUGGAAAACCCGGCUAUUCCAAUCCUGGAAUAAUCCAAAUCAUAUUUUGCUCUUGGAUGGAAGCAUCAAAAAAAUGGAGGGGAGAGAGAACAAAGGUAGCGUUUCCAAAAGUGCAUUUGAUAAAAGAAUUCUUUUAGGCUACAAAGCUCCAGGUUGGGAAGGGGGUCCACUGAAUUAGCUUUCUUUCCUGAACAGUAUCAAGAUCACUAGGUUUUACUGACUGGUGUUGGACAAAUGAAGCUAAGCGAGAAACUUCAGUUGGAAGGGCUUUUCCAGGGAGAGAGGCGAGUUCAUGUUGUUAAUUUCUGCAGACGUCUCUGGUAACCAUGACAGAGCCCAGUGCCCUGGCCAACCUUUGUGAAUAUUAGGCUGAUUUCAGUCCAGCCUGUCUCAGCCGGCCCUCCUCGGACUAAGCCAUCAGAGUGAGCAGUGGGGGGGCUGCUGGGGCCCCUGCCUCUCCCAGAGUGAAUGCUCAGCACUCCCAGCCCAGCUUUGCUUUUUCUGGAAUGCUUGGUGAGACGGGUUUGCCAGUUGGCCCUUGUGAGUUCCUGUCUGGCUCGGGGGCUCCCAUCCUGCUCCUGCCAGAGUGGUGACAGCCCAAGGCUGAAAAUCCAAGGUGCACAUGGUCCAACACCCUGCACUGCAUUCAGGAGAGCGGUGCUGGGGCUGGAGUUGGGUCUUGCCCCAGCUCUACUAUUUCAUAGCCCCAAUCUUUCUGAUGCUGGGGAGGGACAGGCUGCCUGCCAUCUCUCCACUGCAUUCUCUCAUGAGCCCCUUUGAAACUGUUGCCCAUGAGUUGGGCGCUGUCCACGGGCUCAGCCAAAACCUCCUGGUAUAACUACUUAACUGCAGGUUGGUUUCCUGCUCUGUGCACCCUUUACUUGUCUCAAACUACCUCUUUAGAGCUCUGAAGGGGCCCCUGAGGUCCAGAUUCUGGAAUUUGGGGGACAAAUCUGGGUUUCCUUUAACCCUUUUCUUUCUGAGCUUAUGAGAAAUUCUCACCAAGAGACUCUGGGCCAGAGGCUGGAGCUGGAGGAGCCCCCUUGUGCCACAGUCCUAGUAAUGAGGUCGCCUGUCUGUCCCAGUCCUCCACUGUGGCCGCCACGGCUCCCAUAGCCCAGAGGCAGAGCUGGAUCCCAAGGGCCUUGCUGAUGCUUUACCAGGAGCAGGGCAGCUGAGUCAGAGGACAGUGCUCCUGGAUGCAGGGAGAGUAACAGCACCAGGCCACUCCCACCCCAGCUCCAGGACAGAUCCAGGCCAGGGUGGAAAGGCAGGUCGUGUGCGUGACGCCUGCCACAUCCCUGGGGUCUGGGGCUGACUCUCCAUCAUCUCAUCCUAUGGCUGGAGCAGGGCAGGGAUGAUGCAAAACACACAUACCUUUUAGGCUUUAAAAUAGUGUUCAGAUCAGACUGACACUGAAAUUCCUCGAGCCGACUUGAGCUGUGAGCUGGGAGGUGCUGAGGGAAGACACAUGCUCCUAGGAGAGAGCUGUGUUAAGUUUUCAGAUCUGUUUGCUCAGGGGCCAGAGACUGAAGGUAUUUAUUGCCCGCUCUGAGCCCUUCUGGCUAUUCCCUCCUUCCUCCUUUGCUUCCUGCCUCCUGGGCCAUUCCUCUCCCACCCAGAAGGCUGGGAAUCCCAGCUGGUCCCCUAACAGGAGCCAACUGCAGACUCUUGGGCUUUAGCUCAUGUUUUCAGUCAGGGAUAAACCAUUCCCUUCAAGUACCCAGGGGAACUUUCCCUGUGGGUCUCCUCGGUGUCGAGGGACAAGCUGGGGCCAAGGUCGUUCAUUUAUUCACUCAUGUAGUUUAUUGAGUAGCUGUGACUCACCAGGCACUAUAUUAGGUUCCGGGGAUGAAGGAGGAAUGAGGGAGUGAGGAGAUCGCUCUUUGCAUUUCCAUCCUUUGAGGACCAUGAGCACCAGCAGCCCCAUUCAAUUCACCUGAGACAGAAAGGCUGCGUCCUAGUCCAGCAACCCUUUGCUUUUCUGCUUCUAGAAUCCCUAGAGUAUGAAUUCCUUUAGCUGGGAAGCUGCUGACAUCGCCACCCCGGGAUAACAUUUGCCACUAAAUGGAGAUGCUGGAUCUUGGGUUCCAGGCAGAUACCAUCCCAAGUCCACCUGGGACUUUCAAGGAUAAUUGCCUUUAGGCCAGCAUCUUUCAGCCACUGUAUAAUACCAGUUUGAAGUCAGUGUCUAGAAGAACAAGGAGUCUGGAAUUUGUUGCCAAACGCAUCUCAGGUUCUUAAGCUCAUCAUCUCUUCCUCAUUUUUGCUCAUUUAUUACCUAGUCCUCCUGCCCCACCAAUGGAUAUUGGGAGGAAAAGGAGCUUCUCCUUUAAUAUCGAAAACUUUCCUCAGGAGUCUGCCUCUAUUCCUGGCAGGUGUGGAUCAAGGAGCAGGGAGAAAGCUGGCAAGGUCGACCAGAUGCCCAGCUCCUGCUUAGACCCAGGUCUGGUGGCAGUUCCUGGCAGAUUAAAGGAGGCUACUUCUAAAGUCUGUGCCACAUGUCUCCCUGUGAGCUCCGGCCCUUGCUCCCACCUUAUGCCCCAAACAACUGAAAAUUGGUGGCUAUCACCAGAGAGUGAGUUUCUGGCCUGAGAGUAGCUCCAGGAAGUUGAGUGCACCCUAAGCCCAGGUCUUCUGAAGACUUCAGGAUGUAAUUCUCCAUCAAAUAUGCAGCAUUGGUGAAACUGCUCUGUACUGUUUGAUCAAUUUCAAUAGGCUUAGAAAAGUUAACAAAGCUGUGUCCCCUGUCCUACCCACCAGUUUGCUGGCCUUGUAAUAACAUGAGACCAUUUUGGUUGUUGGUGUCAGAUAUCUUUUGAUCUUGAGUUCUCCCUCCCACUUGCUUUCCCAGAGCAGAAUACUGGUACACUUUCCAGAAGGGCGCUCCUUACAGGAUGCCCAGAAGGACUGUAUUUAACUCUUGCUAUUGUGGCCUGGGGACAGCCUCCCCUCCCCCAGGGCACAUAAGAGCAAAGAGUCAUGUGGUCAGUGGGUGACUCCGCAGAAGUGACUGCCUCUGCUAGAAGCUUUCCUUGACAGUCUCUUGUUAGCAGGUUGGCCGGAGGGCCUGCUUCCCAUGGGCAUUGCAAGUGCCACAGUGCGGGGCCUGGCUUUGUGCACCCAGGAAAAGUCUGCAGACCCACAGCCCUCCGCAAUAAUUCACCAGACCAGAAGCCACUGAUGUACAGAGAACAUUUAAGAAAAAUGUAUUUUAUGUGAAAAAAAAAAGUUAAAACUCUGUAUACUGUAUCAGCAGCUUUGUGUAAAAAUGGCAAUCAAGAGAGUCUAAUAUAUUUAAAACUUUUUUUAAAAAAAAUCCUUGUGGAUCUUUGAUAUUGCAUUGAAGUAACUUCCAGGUAGCACCACGCCAUGCGGCAGUGGUGAGCCCCGUGUUCAAGACUGUGGCUCGACCACAUCCCAGAGGGGCGCACCCCUGGAGUUGCUUCCAGCUGCCAAGGCCUGUGACAGAAUUCGCUGUUAAGAGUUUUUAAUUAAGAUUAUUAAAUUCCUUUUAAUAACA